GGAAUAUGAGAGGUUUGACAUUUAUCGAACGGUUGCCUAAAUUGACCGUCAUAUUUUACAAUAGUCCUUGUUAAACUCCUCAAUAUUAUGAAGUUGCAAAUCAAUGCAAUGAAAGGGAAAUCGGAUAAACCGACGCACAUUUGCUGGCGAUCACUGGCAGUUGAGAAGAGGUUCCUUCAAGGCCACAUCCAGAGUGCGACCAGAAGUGACAGGCAGAGUUAUUGGGAGGACCCGGUGACGACCAAGUACUUGAGUGUGAUAUCUGCUGACAGCAAGAAGUCAGCCCAUUGUCAGAAAAUUUUUUGAAGAUUACACCAAGAUGAAUAUCAAAGACUUCCUAAGUGUGCAGAAGAUACUAAUUCUGUCAUACAGAAUUUUAUUGGGCCUCUCAUUGCUGGGAGUGUUUCUUGCACCAUUCAACUUUGGAUAUGGUCCUGUGCGUGAAGCUCCUGUACCAACUCUAAAUGUUUCAAGCCCGAAAAUUUUGGUUAUGGCUUUUUUUUUCCAAAAAAGAAAAAAAUUUUUAAAAAAAAAAAUUUUGGGAGAAACAGAAGAUUAUGGAACAUACCUACUUGUACCCAGCUUCUAUGUAAUUCUACCAUGUGGUGUUGGCAUGCUGUUUGCUGGGGUCUACGUUUUGAUGGAUUUACUUUCAAAAGACAUCGUGGAGACGACAGUAGGCCUGUACAGUUCCUUUGGACUUCUGAGUAUGGUGGUGGGUUUUACAGGAGCAUAUCAACAGAGAGCUGAAUAUCUACCCAAAGGAUAUGAGAAGUUUUUAUUGAGUUACAACUGGAUUACAGCAAUCCAUUCACUUCUGUUGAUAUUACUAAUACUGCAGAUUAUAUUGUCCAUUCGGGAAUUGUGUCAACGAAGUAUACGAUGGCCUACUAUCCAUUUCAGCCACUUUUUCACUAUUGGUAUGGUGGCAAGAGGAGUUUUGGUGAUUCUUGCCACAUAUUUGAGCAUAGCCUUCUUUAUUUCUGUGCUUGAAGGAUAUCGGGAUGGAGGAUAUGACGAUCCUGUAUUUCGCUAUCCAGAAUAUUUUUUCAUGCCGUGUGCUGUGGCAUGUCUGUAUGGAGCACUGGUUACUUUUGAAGCAUAUACCUCCCAGAUAUUUGGACACGUUCAUGAUAAAAUGAUGGGCAUCAGUGGAUUGGUAAUGAGUGCUGGUUAUGCCGUUAUUGGUAUUAUCUUUCUUCCACCCAUUGCAAGUAAUAUUUUAUCAGAAAAUUUAACUGAUCCUGUUUUGAUUUUCUCUUGGGUAUGCUUUGGUGUCAGCCUGAUUUAUGCAGGCCUUUGCUUAGUUGUUCCAAAGGCACUGAACACACCCCCAGCCAUUAUAAGGUAUCUUGCAUAUGGAAUGUCACAUAUGAAAUGUUGGGGACACUCCAUGGAAGUAAGAGGAAGUGGAGCUUGUAACUGCAAAAGCAUCAAUUUAUUUAGAAAAAUUGCUGCCUUGUGUGAAAAUCUGAAAAAGAGUGAUUCCUUAAGGACAAACAUGAUACUUACGAUUCUGUCCUUUUUGUGUAUAGUCCUUAUAUCAGCUGAAUGGACCUAUGAUGCAAGUUAUGUGAUAAUGCUGUGUUCAGACAUAGCAAUCUUUUACCGAGCUUUUCCCGCACUGGUCUCAGAACUAUCUUCCUGUGUUUGCCCAGUUGUUCAACCUGUACAGAUUAUCUGUCUGUAUGUCUUGGAGACCAUGCCACUUUUUGUGGGCCUUAUCUAUAACUACUUCACUUUUCAUUCUGGUGCAAUUUUAACUGCUAAUAUCCUGAACAUCAUUAUCAUCAUAUUCCAGUUGUACAAGGUGCAGACCUGUCCUGAAGUGAAGGCAGAAAUAAGGGCAAUGCUUGAGGCAAAGAAUCCAGAGACGGCAAAGUACAACCUUCAGCCUGAGGAUGCAUUAACUGGCAAGCCUGAUGAUGUAGAAGGCAAUGAAGACAGUGUUCCAUCUGAUAAACCAUAA